GGCAUGACAUAACGUAACCUACGUAAAACAAAUGCGUACAGAUUUCAACGUAGAGCCCCAUUCUGGUUAGUAGUUAAGUAUUUACGUUAACUAAUUAAGAGUUUUUUAUUUAACUUUAUUAACAUAAUUCACGUAUGUGCGCCACAAAGUGGGACCAAGGGGAAAUUACUUCACGUAAUAUAUACGGAAAGCCACGGUAGUCUCCUCUUUUCACCCGGAAGGACAGGUUAGCGGAGAGGAAGCUCUUCUCGUGCUCAAAAUGCGGACUGAGGACGCUGAUUGUGUUUCCAACUCAGUCGCUUACAAGAAGUUCUUCUAAGUGUUUAGAACAAUAAAAAGGGACCUGUUUGGAUUGCUUACACUGUGGAUACAUUUCGUAAGAAAAUGUAGACAUGGAGUUUCUCCCAAUCCUUGAUCCUCAACAUAAACCCGAAGAAGGAAUAUGGUAUUCUUUGAGACCCAGGGGAAGUGCUCCAGGUGUUAGUGUUGGUCACACCUGUAUAUUCACUCCAUCUGAAGAUGGAGGAAAAGGGAGACUCCUUAUUAUUGGAGGAGCCAAUCCCAGUGGCAGUUUCUCAGAUUCGCACAUCAUAAAUCUAGACAAUCAUGGCUGGGACAUUGCUGAGUGGGAGGGUUUGGAGGCAAGGUAUGAACACUGCAGUUUUGUACCAGAGAGCUGCCCCCAGAGCCUGUGGGUGUUUGGGGGUGCGCAGCAGACUGGAAAUCGCAACUGUAUCCAAAAUGUACAGGUGGCAGACAGUAACCCUCGCUGGAAUACUGUAGAAACAAAUGGGACACCCGCGAGUCCCAGGACAUACCACACCACCUCAGCCUGCCUUGGAGACAGGCUUUUUGUGUUUUCCGGUGGGGAAAUAGGAUCUACACCUGUCUCUGACUCCAAACUUCAUGUCUUUGAUACAGUUUCUUCUACUUGGUCCCAACCUGAAACACAAGGCAGGCACCCUCCAGCCAGACAAGGUCACAUCAUUGUAGCGGUGGAUUCAAAGAUCUACAUUCAUGGGGGCAUGGCUGGAGACAAAUUCCACAAUGAUAUGUAUUCUCUUGAUUCAAGGAACAUGAAGUGGGAGAAAGUGCAGGCCAAAGGAGAUAUUCCACCAGGAGUAGCGGCCCACUCAGCUGUUGUGCUGGGCAAGAACAUUUACAUCUUUGGAGGGAUGACAGCAAAUGGAGCAAGCAACUCCAUGUACAGAUUUAACACUGACAAAUGUAGAUGGCUCCUAAUGAAAUUCAAAGGAGCUCUGCCACCUAAACGUCUUGACCACUCCAUGUGUAUAUUUCCCUGGACGGUGUGUGAUGAUGGUAAACCAGAGGAGGAGCAAGCCAACGGACCAGCACCCCCUGAGGCAAUGAACCUGUUAUUUGUAUUUGGAGGCAUGAAUACUCUGGGUACCAUAUAUAAUGACUGUAUUGUGACUGUUGUCAAAUAAAAAAACUAAAAAAUAAAAAUAAAAAAAAGCUUGAAAGGACAAAAAAUGAUAUUGCAAUAAAAUAUUUCGACAUGAAAUUAGUUUUGGAAUUUGCAGUUUUACAUCUGAACAAGUUUCAAAUUAAAACUAUCUAUAUAUAUGAAAA